UGAAGCUCCGGCACCACCGGGGCAUUGUUUAUCCAACCACCCUUCCUGACUUGUUAUGCCUUUUCACGUGGCAUCGCUCAUUCACAUCGAAGCAGCAGCCUUUAUCGCCUGCUUGCGUGCGAGGCAAUGAAUUGACGUUCAUCCAGUAUCGCGUUGCUUCACAGCAAUGUCGCUCAAAUCACCAAAGAACGAAGGCUUCUCACCGCCCUUUGCACGUUCACUGUGCUCAUACCGCCCCGUUCCCUGACAAGCUGGACAAACGAGACCGUCCAUAACAAAAUGUACCCUUCCCUCGUCCUCCCAUGGUCUACAAGUCCAUCAGAACGCGAAAAUACAUACCGCACUGCAGGCCUGGUGAAAACAAGAGGAACACUCUUCCUUCUGCCUCCGCCAACAUCCACCUUGCGCGAUACAUUUAAUGCACCACCACGUCCCAAAACCCGUAUGUCUUCUGGUGCAGUCGCACUCUGCAAACAUUUUGAACGCGGUGGUGCAUCGUCGGAGCAUGGCCGACAUCAUCCAUUUUGGACCCUGCCCACAGGUAGCAAUGAGAACAAGACGGAGAUUGCAAGAGUGAUAUUGGAGGACAUGCUGGUGCAAGCAGUCUGGAAGAAUGUGAUGCUCUUGCACCACGGAGUAGCAGUGUAUGAGAUUAGGAACGCAGGUGGAUACGGAAUGAGGUGGACGCUGGAUAUAGAGGAGAAGAGAGAGAACGAACAGGCCGAUAUGGGUAUACCAACCGACAUUCAGACGACAGCCGCCAGUCCAGACGCCCUCAGCCAAGGUGAAGAAGAUGAGGAUGAUUUCCACAAGGAUUGGGUGGUUACCAAGACGACUUUUCGCGGGUUCCUGGAACCUAUUGCUGGGAUGGAUCACGAGCUGCCGGGUCAAGAAGUGAACGCAGCCAAGUCUUCACAUCCUGAUGAGCAGAAACACGAUAGAAUGAUAGAAUGAUAGAAU